AUGGGCCGUCUUGAGAUUCGCGUCUGCGGGGCCCGCAAUGUGGCCAACCUGCAGAAGGUUGGCAAACCCGACCCGUACGUGAAGAUUAAGGUGGGCGACAAGAAGAAGUCUCAAAUCAGAUACAAGACUCGGGUCGCUGAGAACACCCUUUACCCCGUGUGGAAUGAGCUCUUCAAGUUUCAGGUCGCAGACUACGACUCGACGCAGGUAUUGUUCGAACUGUGGAAUGACAACGUCAUCGUGGACGACCUCCUUGGUCACUACAGUCUCUCCCUCAAUGGCCUAACCCGCGGCGUCGUAGUCGAUACCUGGGUGAUUCUUGUGGGCACGAAGGUCUCCUCUUCGGAGCUGCACUUGCGUAUCCUCGCUGCUGACUUUGGCUGUGAUCCGCAGCCUGGCGACCGGGUCGUCAGAUCGCUAGAGGAGGACAACAUAACAACGCCGAUGAGCCAGAUAUACCGUCCCCCGAAGAACUUCUCGCCGCAACCGCAGGGAGUUGGACUGCAGUCGUACCCCGUUGCUCCGCUAAGGCCACCGCAGCCGCUGGUGUACGGGGCCCCAGUUGCACCGAUGCCGCAUGGACAGUGCACAUACUUCGCUACACCACCGCAGCCACAGGGAUACUCCUACGGCGCUGCUCCGGCACCGCCAAACUACGGCUAUGGUGCACCGUCGCCCCCGCAGCCGAUGUAUGGUGCUCCACUGCCGCCGCAGCAGCUGCCGUACCCUGGCGGGCCUUCGCCACCCCAAAUUUAUGGUUCCCCACCACCGCCACCGCGGCCGGCGCAGAUGGCCUAUGGCAUCCCGCCAGACAUGUGA